AUGCCGCCGCGUUUGGCCCCGGAUCGCCAGCGCGCGGUGUUCUACGCGAAUCGAGCCGCGUGCUUGUUGAAACGCGAGAGGUACGAGGAGGCCGCGGCGGACUGCACCGCGGCGAUCGACGCGGACGACCAGUUCGCGAAGGCGUACCACCGCCGCGGCGUCGCGCGCGAGCACCUCGAAGACUUCGAAGGCGCGCUGGCGGACUACGAGAUGUGCGCGAACGAGCUCGAGGACGGGACGUGUGUGGUCUCCAAGGCUGCGGUCGAGCGGCUCAAGCCGAUCGUGGAGCAGAAGCGAGAGGCGAUGAGAGGCGAGAUGAUGGGGAAGUUGAAAGACUUGGGGAACAGCCUCCUCGGGAACUUCGGGCUGAGCGUGGACAACUUCAAAGCGGAGAAGGACGAGAACACGGGGUCGUAUAACAUACAGUUCGUGCCGGGGGGCGCGAAGAACGCGGACACGAUCGCGGACGCGAAGAAGUGA